GAGCGACACUCGAUCUGUCACCCAUGGUUUCGCGUAUGUACAACCCUCCUAACAAACGUGUCCUUCCCGGUCUUCCCAAAGGGCGAACCAAGAACACCGAGCAACUUCCGAAUUGUGGAAAUGCAAGCACGAGAGCCGCAAAAUUAGUCGGUGCUUACGUGUUGGGAGCUAAUUAAUUUCCACUUGAGCGGGAAGUCCGUCUAUUCCCUGGACAGACUUACAAUCUAAUUCAGGAUCUAUUCUUUUCCGUUUUACGCUGGCUUCCGAUUGAAUCAAUCGAAGUCUUUUUUUUUUUUUUUUUCCUCUUUCUUUCUUUGGAAGGUGAGGGGAACGAAGAUGCUUUCAUUUUAAUCUGAUGAUGGCAGAUGUAAGUGGCGCAUAUCAGAUCAGAUCAAAAGUUAUGAAAUGCCGAUAAGUGGCUCAUAAAUAUGAAGAAGGACUACCAAUCUCGGGUUGGAAUUAGAUCUGAAGUAUGAAGAAAGAAACGAAAUCGAGCUCUGUACUUGAUUCUGAAUUUAGAAGACGCGUAAGAUCAAAGACCCCAACAUCAGCAACGAAGACAUGCAAUUGGAUCGAGUCUCUCUCUCUCUCUCUCUUGUUGCAGUGUUUGAUUCUGAAUGUGCGUUUUGCCUGCACUGCAAGUUGGGGGAAACCCACCUUCUUUCUGAAGUGACUUUGCACCUUACGCACACAAUCAGAGCCUCUCUCUCUCCCCUUCAUAAAGAGAGGAGCAUCUGCGACUUCGAAGAUGCAGAAAUCUAUCUUUCUCUCCAUCUCGGUCUCCCAGAGAGGACGACGAAGAAAGCCAACCAAAAAGAGCAAGGACUGCUUUGUCUGCAACCUCGAUCUGAGAUCUACAGGGUACAGACUGCUUUAUGUAGGGUGCUGAUCAUUACUGUUCAUUCAUAUUGUGGGUGUCUACGUAAACUUAUGGCUUAAGUGGGAAAAUAGUGCAAUCAAUUUUGGUGAUUUACAUUCUCGUAUGGUCAUAAGUAGGACAUUCUUAAGAAGAUGAAGCCUACGGCGGAUCUACCCUUUCACUACCUCAGAGCUAGAUGCUUCUAUGUUUUCAGCUUCUGCAUGGCUAUAUUUUCACUUACUGCAGUUGUGACCUUUCAGUUAACUGCUUUUAGUGUGGGCCAAUGGUUUGAACCUAUUUGGAGAACUGCAUCUUCUGCAAAUUCUAGUGGAGUUCAAGAACUCAAUUCUCAAACCAUUGAUGGGAAGGUUUUGCAGCUCUGUGCUCUUAGAGAUGAUCUAGCUGGUAAAUUCAAUCAGCUAGAUAUGGCAAAGUUGGAAGCAUUCUGUAAGCGAGAGCUGUUACUAAUUAAUGUGAGGAACAAAUUGAAUGAUUUGGAUAAUAUUUCACUUCAGAGACUUGCCAGCAGCCAAAAGAUUCUGGACCCACUACUAAGAGGCAUUACCGAAGGUAAAGAUAAAGAGAUGAUGAACAGGACUAAUCAGUUGCAGCAAAGGAUUGAUGCAGUGGGGAAGAUGGUUAAAGAUUCUGUAACAUUUAUUCCUCUAAAGGAUCUGCGUUUUGAAAGCAAGUCAGAAGCAGGGCAUACGUGGUUCAUGAGCAGCUUUUAUCAAUCGAUAGAAGAUGGGAAUGGAUUCCUGCACUUCCCUUCAAAUGCAUCUAAACAUAGAAUCCUUUGUGUAGUCGGAAGGGAACAUUCUGAUGGAACCAAAAAUGGUUAUGGAUUAGCUUGGAGAGACUACUUACCACCAAAUUCCACUCUGCUUCCUGGACUGACUUUUGUUGCAGAAAGCAAUUAUGACUAUGGAAACUUAUGGCAUGCGUUGAUGUCUUUGGGUCCUUUUGUGUUGUGGAAUAGUAACAAUCACUCUGUCAUGCCCAAGAGAAUUGUGUUGUAUAACAAGGGGGCAGUUGUGCAUGAAAUGGGAUCAUGGAUUUCUGAAGUGCUACAUUCUGUAAUAGGUUAUAAGCUGCCCUUGGAUAUCUUGGAUUAUGGCAGUGGCCCUAUUUGCUUUGAGCAGUCGCUGGUGAACCGCCACAGCUUUGGCAGUCUCUCAUCAGAGAGCCGCCACAAAGCAUUUGAUGUGAUCAGAUCAAAGGUACGUGCAUUCUGUAACAUAACAAUUGCAACCAAGAGAAAUGACAUUUCAGCUUUCAAUUUUACACUUCUGACUAGAGCAGGAGGCAGAUCAUUUAAAAAUGAAUCAAUAGUCUCUUCCAUCUUUGAGAAGGAGUGCAGAAAAGUUCCUGGUUGUCAUUUUCGUAACAUCAGAGCCAAUAAUCUAAGCUUCUGCGAUCAGGUUGGUUUUCUGAGCAGUACUCAUGUUUUAGUUACUGUGCAUGGAGCACAGCUCACAAACGCGGUUUUUAUGCAAGAAGGGAGCCAUAUAAUGGAGAUUUUUCCCAAAGGGUGGCUGGAGUUUGCUGGGGUUGGACAGUACGUGUUCCACUGGUUGGCUGAUUGGGCUGGAAUGAAUCAUGAAGGCACAUGGAGAGACACAGAGGGGCCAGAAUGCAUAAGGCCAGAGAAGGAGAGGUUGCAAUGCUUCUCUAUUUUCAAAGAUGCGCAGGUUGGGUACAACAAAACUGCCCUUUCAAGGUGGUCUGCAGAUGUUCUUAAAAAAGCAAGCAGCUCCAUCGCUGCUGCUAGGAACACUUCUUGAUAGUAGAAAAAGGAAAGAGUGGGAGCAAUGUAUAGUGUAGUUGCUAAUCAAAUUUAACAAUGUAACUAAUUCUAUGGAUAAAAAUACUGAAAUAUUUUGCUUUUCAAUGAUCAGUUGAAAAUAUCACAA